GAAAUGUUGAAAAACCUGUACUGACAGUCAGGGUGAGUUCCCUAACACAAGACACAAGAUACAGUCACUGAAACUGGCUGCCAUUGUGGCGAAGCUCAUAAACCACCUCAGGUCAUGGUCAUCAACUGAGUUCACUGAAUGCAUUUCUAAUCUAGACACUUUCUUUUAAAGACUUUAGACAUGGGGACUUACUCAGACCAGAAGGAAGGAUACCUGCAAAAUGGACAUUUGGAAAACGUCAAGACAUCGGCCUUAAUCCCCGACAUGGAGCUCAACGAGGAAUGGCAGGAUGAGGAGUUUCCCAGGCCCCUUCCUGAGGACACACAGAGUCCUGAUGAUGAACAGGAAAGCCCUGGAGCUGAGGAAAACAAGCCUGUCCCACCGACCAGCCUGGCCCUGACAGGUAAUACUGUGAGGAAGAAGCGACUAGUGGCCCCGGCGCUUAGUUUAACACUGGACAAAACCUCUAUGGACCGGAGCAUGAAAUCAGAUGAGUUUGACGCUUCCGCCCUUUCACCAUCUGCUGAGGAUGACCUCGAGAUGGACAUUAACCUGGAGGCCUUAGAGACCCCCUCAGACAGCGAGUCUUGCAACUUCCCAGACAGCAUGCACGACUUGGAGUGGGAAGACGAUCUUCCUAGGAUGGGUAAAGCAUCGAUCAGAAAAGCCAGUUUACUAGAGCACGCAGAGAUGGGACACUUGGACUUGGAUCAGGUGGACAGCAAUGGGAGGCGAUGGAGACGAUUCCAUAUUGGCGGCCAAGACUACCAAGUCAACAUGAGCGUUCUGGAGCCGUAUCUCCAAGUUCUCUCCCAUGGAGGGUAUUAUGGGGACGGAUCGACAGCCAUCAUCAUCUUUACUGCCUGCUACCUACCAGAAAAUACAACAGAACAUUAUGAGUAUGUGAUGGACAAUCUGUUCAGGUACAUUAUUGGCACGUUGGACUUGAUGGUGUCUGAGAAUUACAUAUUGGUGUGUCUGUGUGGAAUGGCCCCUCGCAAUAAGAUGCCUGGCAUGAAGUGGCUCAGACAGUGUUACAUGUCCAUUGACAGAAGGUUAAGGAAAGACUUGAAAGGGCUUUUCGUGGUUCACCCGGCCUGGUACGUGAGAGCGGUAAUCACCGUCAUCAAACCAUUCAUCAGUGAGAAGUUUAGCAGGAAGAUGCGCUUCAUCCACAGCUUGCAGGAACUGGCAGAGUUUGUUCCUGUGGACCAGUUGCAAAUCCCAGACUGCAUCAGAGAGUAUGAUGAGCAGAUGAGCAGGUGAAGGUGUCUGACGGAAAGACAGCAGGGGUGAACAUACUGUACAGAUUUCACACUGGGGACUCGGAGCUGGCUGAGGUUAAAGGUCAAGCUUUAGGGGUGAAAGCCCUAAUGACAGAAAAACUGCUUCCUACCAGACGACUCUUUGAUGAAACACACAAAGACAGUGUUGUCCUUCAGAGGGACACAGCUGUGUCAAGCCACAAGGUGGGUCAGGAGAGAUCCGCCAACAACGUGAAAGCCUGCUUUACGUCAUCACAUUUAAACUGUUACACAAAAACAAACAAACAUGCAGUGUUUUCCCAGACUAUACAAAACGACACAAUACGCCUUUCAUAAAAGCUUUUAUAUUUAAGCGUGAAAAGUUAAAUAUACACAACCUUAGAAAAUAUUGUAAUAAAAACAUUUCCUUUUUUUGACUUGUGGUGAACACCCAAAUAAGGGUAAAUAUUAGAUU